UUGACGCCAGUGAUGAGAGUUGAAAAUGAAGGAGCGGUGAAGAGGAAGAAGAAAAGGAACCUUGCUAGCUGGCUAACUACUUUAGCAAUCUUCUGGCUUUAGCGUGUUGAUAAUGGCGCCUUUAGACCUUGACAAGUACGUUGAAAUAGCGAGACACUGCAAAUACCUGCCGGAAAACGAUCUAAAGAGAUUAUGUGAUUAUGUAUGUGAUUUACUGCUGGAAGAAUCCAAUGUUCAGCCAGUCUCUACUCCAGUUACUGUUUGUGGAGAUAUUCAUGGUCAGUUUUAUGAUCUUUGCGAGCUCUUCAGAACUGGAGGCCAAGUUCCAGACACAAAUUACAUUUUCAUGGGAGACUUUGUAGACAGAGGAUAUUAUAGCUUGGAGACAUUUACACAUCUGCUAGCUUUAAAAGCGAAGUGGCCGGACCGUAUCACACUUCUACGUGGAAACCAUGAGAGCAGACAAAUUACACAAGUGUACGGCUUUUAUGAUGAGUGCCAAACAAAAUAUGGAAAUGCAAAUGCCUGGCGGUAUUGCACAAAAGUGUUUGACAUGCUGACUGUGGCAGCUUUGAUAGAUGAGCAGGUCCUGUGUGUCCAUGGUGGUCUUUCACCUGACAUCAAGACGUUGGACCAGAUCCGCACCAUCGAACGCAAUCAGGAGAUUCCACACAAGGGGGCCUUCUGUGAUCUUGUGUGGUCAGAUCCAGAGGAUGUGGACACCUGGGCAAUCAGUCCGCGCGGUGCAGGCUGGCUGUUUGGCUCCAAGGUUACCAAUGAGUUUGUGCACAUCAACAAUCUGAAGCUCAUCUGCCGUGCACAUCAGCUGGUUCACGAAGGCUACAAGUUCAUGUUUGAUGAGAAGCUCGUGACUGUGUGGUCAGCGCCCAACUACUGCUACCGAUGUGGAAACAUCGCGUCUAUCAUGGUCUUCAAGGACGUAAACAGACGAGAGCCAAAGCUAUUCCGUGCCGUCCCCGACUCAGAGCGUGUCAUACCUCCUCGAACUACUACCCCCUACUUCCUCUAAUGACGAGAGCCAGUCCUCUCUCCUCUCGAAGCCUCUUAAGGUCUCAACUCUAAAACUUAAUAAGAUGUUUUAGAAGAUGAAUGGAAGUAACGUCCCUCUCAGGUCUACAGCAUCUUGAGUAGCAAAGGGUUUCUUCUAAGGCAACAGUCUGUUUGCACCACACUCACUUGUUCUGUCUUUAAGAACAAACUAGCCCCAAUGAGAAAAUGAUAACUCAAAUUUUAAUGAUAAGAAAAUGUUGAAUGGUUUAAUUUUGAUGUUAUGUAUCCUAUUGAAGCAAAUCAAACAUUUAAACUGGUGGAAACUGCCAAUAAUACAUGUUCAAAUAAAGUGAUAUAUAUUUUAUUUAGCAUUGUAGCAGUUUGGUCUCAUGGUUGCCUUUUUGAAAGACUGGACUAGUUUCCUUGUUUUAGGAUGACACUUUCUGGAAUUAGGUAAUGAAAUGUUUUAAUACAAUAAUUGCUGUUGUGUGUAACCCCCCCCCCCCCGUAUAAACAGCUUUUGAGCACAUCCUACACCAUUUUGCAUUAAAUGUGAGUUUUUUCCAAUGUUUUUAAAAAGGUAUGUGGCUGCAGACCUUAUUUUUUAUGAUGGUAGUUUCUGCAUCUGUGGCUUUUAUACAGAUGAAAUGUAUUCACUUGAGAACAUUUUUUGCAGUGUUUCUGAAUUAACGAGAUAAUCGUUAUUGUGUGUGUUGUGAUCCUAAUCUUUAUUCUUCAACAUUCAAUUCUUCAGUACGUUCUUUGGACUCUCAUUACUGGUGUGUACUUUAAGCAAAAUAAACCAUAAACAUGGUUUUCAUAU